CAAUUAUUCCCGAAAAGUGCGGUCUAUUUGAAUCACGAGUCGUCCCAUUUGUUCGGAUUUGAUCACUUCCAUUUUCCUUCAUGACUGUCGUUUGCAAUAACUGCCGCUUUGACGGCAAUGCCAAAGAGGCUGCGUUCUGCUCCCGCUGCGGUGGACCUUUGAGCGGUGCCAACGCGACUCCAUCGUACGCCCCGCAGCCAACGCCGCCGCAGCAAGGAUACCCGGGACAAGGCCCGCCGCAGUACGCGAAUGGUGGGCAACAACAACAUCAACAUCCCCAUGUCGUCCAUGCUGUGCCAGUUGUGCAACAACCUCAGUACGUAGUUGUCCAGGCGCAGCCCCAAGUCCUCGCCAGUGCCGAAUUCAUCGUCGUGCCUGGCCAAGUGAUCACGGCGUCGGGCCACUGCGCCCAUGCUGUCCAAACGAAUGAGUUUACGUGUCCGGGAGUGCUCUUGGGUAUUCUCUUCUUCCCUAUCGGCAUUCUAUGCUGCCUCUUGCUCACGGAACGUCGCUGUGUGCAUUGCGGUGCCAUCCUCAACUAAACCCAAUAACGUCGAGCUUCGUCUAAUCCA